AGGUUUUGCACUCUUUUUCGUUUCCAUCUGCUUUUUCGGAAUUAUAAUUCCAACGUUAAGCAUUGAGCCAGUGUAAAACAUGAAAGAAAUAGGAACAGAUUAUCCUUACAGAGCAACCCUACAAUGCUUUUUGGAUACUUUAAAGCUUCCCUUUCCAUACUACGAUUUGACUCAACCAAACAACCUCAUAGAUCUCUAUACGAGCACAGAUCCGUUCGCAUUUGCCAUGCGGUUAGUUUCUGUCCUUACACUUAUCCACUAUGUAGUAUCAGAAAUUACCAAAAAUUACAGUCAAGUUGAUAAGUCGUGGUCGAUAUUGCCAGUGGUUUAUGCAUGGCAUUUCACAUUACAUCAUUAUUUCAACCAUGGAUACUUUCAUCCACGACUUUUAUUAGCCACUAUAUUAAUCACUCUAUGGGGAAGCCGCCUUACUUAUAAUUUUGCUCGGAAAGGAGGCUACCGCUGGUCAGGUCAAGAUUACAGAUAUCCAUAUCUGCUUGAAAAACUAGGCAAAACUAAAUUUGCUCUACUCAAUUUGACACUCAUCGCACCUUUCCAAGAUUUCCUUCUCUUAUUCAUGGUUUCUCCAUUGUACAUCAUUUACCAGUUUGACGCGUUUACUCUCACAAUGUCAGAUAUUGUAGUCACGAUAGUCUUUCUGGGGUUUCUAUUAUUGGAAACAGUAGCGGAUGAACAGCAAUAUGUUUUUCAAACUGAGAAGCAUGCUUUAUUAAAUCAUGUUGAAUCAAAAAACCAACUGAAAGGCGAUUACAAGCUUGGUUUCUUAUGGCAUUCUGGCAUAUUUCAAUACAGCAGGCAUGCUAACUUCUUUGCAGAGCAGUGUAUGUGGUGGACCAUCUAUCUGUUCUCCCUUGUAGCGACGACUCAGUAUGAAGGAAAGAGUUUUCUUACUGUUCAGCAUUGGAUGAAUUGGUCGAUCGUAGGUCCGUUUGUACUGACCCUACUAUUUCAAGGCAGUACAUGGCUUACGGAGGUAAUAAUAAACGAAAAUCAUUGUAUUUUUACAUGGUCAACCCUAAAGCAGAAUUUCUUCCUAUUUCCCGUAUGUAAUUUCUUGAUCUUAAAUGACAACAGAAAAUUUCUUCCGAGAAAUAUCCAGAAUACGCGGCCUACUGUAAGGCUGUGAAUAGGUUCGUGCCUUGGUUUCCUGAGUCCCACUCGCAGAACGGAAAUACUAGUAGCAAGAAAAAUAUUUAAUCGGUUAAUAUAUCUUUAACCUCGUGCAAAAAUAUACGUAACUCUGUUUCUAUUUAACACAUUUCCGGUUUAGAGUAUCACUCUUAACAAUUCAAAUACUCCGUUUAGUUCUGUAUAAGAACAAUAACAAUGACUGAUUAAUCAACCACAAAGAGAAGAUUGAUAAAAUAUGCAUUUAGGUUUCCUUGUACUUAAUCUCGUCAUCAUUUUAGUUCCUCUCCUAUUCUCGUACAAAAACUUUAUAUUAAAAGCAAAUGCUUCUUGAACAACUCUUGAAAGGAAAACCUAGGUUUCUCUCAAUUUAAUGAGACACAUCUUGCCAAAAAGGUAUACUAGCUGUAGUAAAUUGCUGGGCAUUUAUGGUUGCAGACGUGUAAGAUGACACGCAUGGUAUAAAAAUUAGAAUAAUAUUGUAAUUUACGGCAAU